UCAUUAAGAUAAAACACAAUUUAUUAUAAUGUCUAACGGAUUUUUAAGAACUCAAGGUACCAAGAUCGUUGAUGGUGAAGGCAAGCCAGUCGUCUUGAAGGGUACUGCCAUUGGUGGUCACUUGAACAUGGAAAACUUCAUCACUGGUUACCCAGGUCAUGAAACUGAACAUAAGAAGGUUUUAAAGAAGAAGAUUGGUCAAGAAAAGUUUGAUUUCUUCUUUGACAAGUUCUACGACUACUUCUGGACCGAAAAGGAUGCCGAUUUCUUUGCCAACGAAUUGGGUUUCAAUGCUUUGAGAAUUCCAUUCAACUACCGUCAUUUCAUUGAUGAUGAAGGUGAUUUCUUCAAGAUCAAUCCAAAGGGUUUUGAAAGAUUAGACAAGGUUAUCAACUCUUGUGCUAAGUACGGUAUUUACACCAUCUUAGAUUUACACGCUGUUCCAGGUGGUCAAAACCAAGAUUGGCACGCCGAUUCUGCUAUCCACAAGUCUAUCUUCUGGGAUUUCAAGAUUUUCCAAGACUGUAUUGUUAACUUAUGGAUUGAAAUUGCCAAGUACUAUAAGGACAACACUUGGGUCGCUGGUUACAACCCAUUGAACGAACCUGCUUCCCCAGAUCACUCCAAGUUAGUUAACAUUUACAAGAGAUUUGACACUGAAAUUAGAAAGGUUGAUCCAAACCAUAUUUUCUUCCUUGAUGGUAACACUUACUCCAUGGAUUUCAGACAAUUCCCACCUGCUGACUUCAUCAAGAACGCUGUUUACGCUAUCCACGAUUACUCUGUUUUCGGUUUCCCAUCCUUGGAUGGUUACCUUUACAAGGGUACUGAUGAAGAAAAGGCUAAGUUGAAGCAACAAUAUGAAAGAAAGUUGGAAUACAUGCAAAAAUACCAAGUUCCAGUCUGGAAUGGUGAAUUCGGUCCAGUCUAUGCUUCUAAGGAAAGAGGUGACGAAAACCCAGAGUUUAUCAAUGAACACAGAUACAAUGUCUUGAAGGAUCAAAUUGCUAUUUACAAGACUGGUGAUCCAUCUGGUGAUGGUACUCCAAUCUCUUGGUCCAUUUGGGUUUACAAGGAUAUUGGUUACCAAGGUUUGACUUAUGUUGACCCAGAAUCUAAGUGGUACCAAGUUUUCGGUAAAUGGUUAUUGAAGAAGAGAAAGUUAGGUUUGGACAGAUGGGGUUGUGAUAUUGAUCCAGAAAACGACAAGUUGUACGAAAACUUGGUUCAACACAUUCUUGACAACACCCCAGAAAAGUACCACAGAGCUUUAUACCCACACAACUGGCACGUCAAGGAUUACGUUUACAGAGUUUGUAAGGAUAUGUUGUUCUCCCAAAUUGCCACUCACGAAUACGCUGACUUGUUUGUUGGUUUAUCUUUUGAAGAAUUAGAUGAAUUAGCUGCUUCUUUCAAGUUCGAAAACACCGUCAAGAGAGAAAAGUUGAACGCUAUCUUAAAGGAUUACUAAGUUAUGGAAUAAUUUUUUUUAUAGAUUUCCUUUUUUAUAGCUUGAUUAUGAAUACGACAUAGAAUGUCUUAAUG